AUGGCGCACCCAUACUCUACAACCCCAGCGUACAGCGCCACUGGCACGCCCUCGUACCCUGUUCAGCAGUCUUUCUAUCCUCCGUACCAAUCCAAUCCUUUUCAGCAGCCAAUUCAAACUCCUCCUGGUCUCCCUCAACCUCCUCAUCUUCCAAACCACUCGGUGGCGCCAUAUCCGCCCACUGCGAACAACACCGCUAGAUUCGAUGCCAACUCCCAAGUUCGCCCACCAGCUCCUCCGUUUCCAUUUCCACCAGAAAUCUUCAAGCAGUUUGCUAGUGCAGGCUUGCCACCUCCUCCGCCGCCUGUACUUCUGCCUAAUGCGGGAUACCCGCAAUUUCCUGUUCCUUUGAGUGUACCUGUAUCUUCACCAUAUCCACAACACGGUGCAAGUGGACAGAAUGGUUAUGUUUCGGGGUUCUAUGCGACCGAGCAAGCUCCGCCCAAUCCACAGGACCCUUUCAUCACUUCUCAACAAGGAUCAAGAGGCACGGGCGACUAUCGCUCAACAAUGAAUUCUGAAACGCAGUCACAUUCAGCGCCACGUGUAUCGCAUGGAGGAAGCCAGUCGUCUUCUCCCGCCACGAAUCGAGGAGUUGAUCGAGGCAAUCGUGAGCAGAAUGAAGCGCUUCCGUCUUUCGGUUCGAGAUCAGAUAUCGAUCAAUUAUUCGCUACUGUCCAGAAACAAGUUAGCCUGCCACCAAGCGAUGAAGACCGCGGCUCGCGUCUACAUGCUCAACAGCCAUCCUCAAUAGAUGGAAACGCCUCACGUAAGCCUCAAUGUGCUAUGCCCCAGCCAAUACUAACUUCUUGGCCAGCGUAUGACCCCACAAGACCAGCAGUUAUAUCCUCUGCGAUCUCUGGUGGGUUUGGUUCUUCGAAGACCAAGGAGCCCGUCUCUUUCGAGCGGAAAUACGAUACAAGUUCUCUGGCCGAGCUUCGACAAGCUGCGAAAGGGGCACUAUUAUCGCUUUUCUCCCAAAAGAUACUCUAUGCCGAUGUCAUCAAUGAAGGCAUUGACUCGUCUAUUCUGCAGCAUCUUUAUGGUGAGUUGGGCAUCGAUUAUAAUCAGACGGCAGACAAGGACGUUGUCCCACAUGGGCACGCUCGAGUUGCAGCGCCGUCUGCAGUUAUACUACCGUUGCAAUCUACCGAACACCACCCAAGUCUUACCAUAACCCAGAAGAUCUCACCCGAACCAGCCACCUUGCCUCGAGUUGAGGAUACCUCUGCUAGUGCUGCUCUGUCAGCAAUCAAGGAUCUGGCAAAGCCAAACACCGCGCCUAGCCCCAGUCUGGAGCGAAAAGAUCGUAUUGCUCAGCUACUUGCUGCUAAGGCUGGCCGUAUAUCCGCACCCUCAGCUGUGACACCUGUUCCAUCCUCGGGAGAACAGUCCAGUGCCCAACCCACCACUAAGCUGCGUGAUGCAAAUCUGGAUGGGACUGCUUUCUCGAGGCCUGAACCUACUGAAAUCCAAUCAAACCCUGUCCCAGCCCAGCAACAGCAUGAACGCGUGAGCCAACACUUCGCGGGAACUCCACGAGAUAUGAAGUCGAAAAGCGACAUCCUUCUUCGAAGUAUGCCUCAGUCAUCGAAGGCAGCAUUACAAGUUAGUCAAAUUCCGGCGAACCAAACGUCACCAGACAACCGUCAAGCUGCCCUGACGUCCUUGAUUCCGGGAUUGUUCAUGACCACUGUUGAAUCUGCUGCGGAUGAUGUUUUGAUGUCUGGUUCCACAGAUAAUGAUUCAGGUGCCUUACUGGAGAAAGCCUUUCCAAUUAGCCCGCUGCCUCUCAAACGUCAUUUCCACGCCGAUUCUGAUACGCUACCCGAAGCCAAGCGUAGCAACCUCUCUUGGGAUCAUCAACAGAAUGAAUUACCUGCACAGGUGAAUGUCCCAGAGGAUGCUUCAGAAGGUGAGAUUAUUGAGGAUGAAGAAGAGCAAUCGACGAAUAUGCCUCGGCCCGGAAACGACGAUGGCUCCAACGGCCAUGAAUUUGCCGAAAUGGAUUCAUACGACCGACAGGCAGCCGACCAAUUACAAGGAUUCUCAGCUAGUGAACCAGCUGCGAGAUCCUCGUCCGGCACUCAACGGGCAGAAAUCGAGACCAGGCGCCAAAGAAUUUUGGAGAUGGAAGAACGUGAAGAGGUAAAGCCGAGCAGCAGUCAAGAAUACUCUUUCAGUGUUCCGUACACUUCUGCACCUCAUGCAAGCAGGCACGGUAGUAUUCAUAGCAGUUCGCCAGCACAUCCAAGCUCAGGCCGAAGCGAGACGAAUACCCCCUCAAACCUGCCUCGAAAGCCUUUCGUACUGGGAAAAGCAGUCAAGCUUACGCCAGCGCAACUCGCUGAACGUACAGCCGCUUUAAAAGCCGAGCUACUGAAACAACGCGCGCAGCGUCAACAAGUCCUUCAAGUCGAGCUGCCCAGUCUCAACACUGAGGUCCAGAUACUCGAGACUCGGCUGGAGAAGGCGCGGGGAGAUCUUUUUCGCGCACAAGAAGAGGUUGCGAAGUGUCAAGAUGAGUUAUCUCGUGCGAGAGAUACGGAAGCUGAACUGCGCCAAGAAGUCCAGCACCUUGAGCGACAGGUCCUCAACGGCCAUUCGGGCCAAGAACAAUUUUCAGCCGAGCUUCAUCAAAUCCAGCGGGAAAAGUUCGAAGAAGGCGAGCUUCGUUCUCAGAAUGCUGGCGAAAACCAUCAACAGCAUAUGCAAACUAGCAUCGGCACUGGUACUGUCGAAGAGCCUAAUGAAAAUUUGGCUCGCACUAGCCCCCCUCAGGACGCCACCUUGCCCUCCCAUGGUAUCAGUCAAGAGGAUGUGGCUAUAGGGGAGAACAGUGGGCGUUCUCCACAUUUGUCUAGUGCAGCAGUGGAGGCUGGCUAUGAUGAUGUAAACGACGACGUACCUCAGACCGAUGAGAUGGAGAUAUCACCUGAACCUGAACCAACAUCGACGCCCAUAAUAACGAUGUUCCCAACUGGUGACCAGACGAUCUUGAACAAACAAUUGUCCCAAGAACCUCCUCUAGACGAUGAUCAAGGCAGCGAUGGAAGUGCGAGCAUGUCUGAUAGCGGCUCGGAUCGCGAUGAGGACGACUACGAACCUGCCGAUGCAGAUAUUUCCCAGCCCAUGCAACAAUCAGAUGAAGAUUCGGAUGAAUAUGACCCUGAAGAGGCUCCUGUUUCAGACUUCACACCUGCCACAGGAGCAGACGACGAAGCAAUUGAUGACUAUUAUGAGCCUGCAGAGAGCAUAGGUGCCUUAGACACUGCUCUUUCUGGCACACCAGCGUACGACACGGAUCUCGUUGAUAAUGGUUCCCGUCACUUGACACCUGUUCUCAGCAAUCCGCCGUUGUCUGAGGUACUCGACGACAUUCCAGACAUUUCAAUCGAUUCUAUGGAUCGUCGACCAGAUCUCAAUAAGCAAAACCAUCAAGUACCCGAGGUUGAAAAUAUGGAAAAUCAGGACGAGCAAAAUUCAGCCGAAGCCACAUCCAAUUUCAUUUUGGACGGGAGGUCGCCCUCCAACCCACUGUUCGUCCCUUACAAAACACCAUUGAGCUCGUUCAAGACAUUUCGCUUCCACCAAGCUUUCGACGACACUGUGAAAUCGGGGUAUCGAUCCUUGACCUACAGUAACAACAUCGAUCCUUCGCAACCGCUUUGUUCAACCGAGCUCUCUGGCUCUCUCUGUACUGACCCAAGUUGUGAGGAGCAACAUUUUAGGCAGCUUGGCCUUACCGAUGAUAAGAUUUUGGUGCAGAUGAGCUCAGCCAGCGAUAUUAAGGACAAAACAAUUCGCGAUCAAUACCUGGUGGGAUUGAAACAAGUCAUUGCAGAUUUGCGACAAAAGGAAGUAAAACAAUUCGAGAACGUGGCGCAAGCAUUGUCAGCGUAUAGGCGACAAUUUUUCGCGGAAAAGGAAGAGGUAUCUUAA